AUGGCCGCACUUGUCGACGGGCUCGAUCCGACCAGCAGCUCCCAGAAGACACUCAAAAUCGAGAACACCGAAAAGCGCGACACCCUCAUAGCGGCGGAGCAGCAAUAUCAGAAAAAAUGGCAGGACGAAGGUGUCUUCGAUGCGGAAGCUCCCUCGACAGCAGAAGUGCCCUUUGGCUCGAUGCCUGCAGCUGAGCUCCGAGCAAAGCAUCCCAAAUGGCUCGGAAGCAUGGCAUAUCCGGUGGGCUACCUCUCGCGGUUCCUCACGCUCGCUGACGUACCGUGGCACGCUGGUCAUGCCUUUACAGCUUCGAAGGUCGAGUUCGCCGCAGGCUUCGCACGCAUGCAGGGCAAGCGCACCAUCUUCCCCCUCGGCUUCCACUGUACCGGCAUGCCCAUCAAGACUUGCGCCGACAAGCUGGUCCGGGAGAUCGAGAUGUUUGGCGAGAAGUUCGAGGGCUAUGGUCAGGAAGAUGGUGUCGACGGCGAAGUGGAGGAACCACCUGCGCCUACCAACGAAACGAAGACCGACAUUACAAAAUUCACAGCGAAGAAGGGGAAGGCAAAUGCUAAGGCUCGGAAUGCUAACAUAGGAUACAAGGCAAAAUACCAGUUCCAGAUCAUGCUGGCCCUUGGAAUCCCCUUGGAAGAGAUACACGAAUUCGCAGAUCCAGCGAAAUGGCUCCAAUACUUCCCACCACUUUGCAAACGCGACCUCAAUUCCUUCGGAGCUCGUAUCACUUGGAAGCGCAGCUUUGUCACUACGGAUGCUAACCCAUACUACGAUGCGUUCGUACGCUGGCAAAUGAACCGUCUAAAAGAGUUGAACAAGAUAAAGUUCGGGAAGCGCUUCACUGUGUACUCGCCGAAAGACGGCCAAGCUUGCAUGGACCACGACCGGAGCACGGGCGAAGGCGUCGGCACAACAGAGUACGUCGCCAUAAAGCAGCGAGUACUCGAGUGGGCUGAGCCCGCACGGAAGAAGCUCGCAGACGCGCUGCCUGCAGAUGCAAAGGUCAGCUUUGUGUCAGCGACACUACGACCUGAGACGAUGUACGGCCAGGUAUGCGUCUUUGUUGGGCCGGGAGUGACCUACGGGAUCUUCAAAGCUGGAUCGGAGUAUCUCUUUCUGAGCCCUCGAGCUGCACGAGAGAUGGCUUUCCAGAGCAUCUUCCCGAAGUGGGGCGAAUUUCCGCAAGUCGCUGAGCUUCAAGGGUCUGAUGUUGUCGGCACCCUCGUGAACGCGCCUUUGUCGGUGCACAAGGACGGUGUAAGGAUUCUACCAAUGGAAUCCGUAAAGCCUACCAAGGGAACGGGUGUGGUUACCUCGGUGCCCAGUGACAGCCCUGACGACUAUGCAACGAUCACCGACUUGGCUAAGAAGGCAGACUACUAUGGCAUCAAGAAGGAGUGGGCAGAGCUUGAGAUUAUUCCUAUCAUCGAAACGCCCUCCUAUGGAAACCUUACUGCACCGUUCUUGGUCAAAGAACACAAGAUCAACUCUCCUAAGGACGCAACGCAGCUCGCACUCGCCAAGGACUUAGCUUACAAGGCCGGAUUCUACGAAGGAACCAUGAUCUAUGGUGACUUUAAGGGCAAAUCUGUCCAGGAGGCGAAGCCGCUCGUAAGAGAAGCCCUCCUUGACUCGGGUGAUGCGUUCGUCUUCGCAGACAUAGAUGGAUUGGUUAUCAGUCGAUCUGGUGAUGAGUGCGUCGCCGCACAUCUUGAUCAGUGGUAUCUGAACUAUGGGACGACUGCUAACGGAGGCGAUGGCGAGUGGUGCGAUGCCGUACAUGACCAUCUCAACGGAGAGCUCAAUACUUUUUCGAGUGAUACAAAGAAUCAAUUCGAACAGACCCUAGGUUGGCUUUCUCAGUGGGCCUGUGCUAGAUCAUACGGCCUAGGCUCAAAGCUUCCGUGGGAUCCCAAGUUCCUUGUUGAGUCUCUCUCAGACUCGACAAUCUAUAUGUCGUACUAUACAGUGGCUCACUUACUGCACAACGACAUCUUCGGACGUCAGCAAGGCCAGGCGAAAGUCGGUCCCGAGGAAAUGACCGAUGAGAUCUGGGACUACAUUUUCGCCCGAAGCGAUGAGAUGCCAUCCUCAAUGCCACAAGAGAAACUGCAAAUGCUUAGGCGAUCGUUCGAAUACUGGUACCCUGCGGAUCUCCGUGUCUCCGGCAAGGAUCUCAUCCAAAAUCACUUGACUUUCUUCCUGUACAUUCACGUCGCGCUGUGGCCCAAGGAGUACCUCCCGCGCGCCAUCCGCGCUAACGGACAUCUGCUACUGAAUGGCCAAAAGAUGAGCAAGAGCACAGGAAACUUCUUAACCCUGAGCCAAGCGGUGGAGAAGUUCGGCGCCGACGCUACUCGAAUCGCCCUAGCAGAUGCCGGCGACGGGAUCGAUGAUGCGAACUUCGAUGAGACUGUGGCCAACAGCAGCAUUCUGAAACUCUAUGAGCUGAGAAAAUGGUGCGAGGAGAUGGUCAACGACGCCAUCUUGCGGACUGGACCGAAGGAUACCAUCUGGGAUCAGAUGUUUGAGAACGAAAUGAAUGCACUUGUUCAGGAGACGAAGCAACAUUACGACAAAACCGACUUCAAACUCGCCUUGAAAUCUGGAUUUUACGACUUCACGGCAGCCCGCGACUUCUACCGCGAAGCCACCAAAGCCGCGAACCUCGGCAUGCACUCCUCCCUCACACGCCGCUACAUCGAGCUGCAAGCUCUCCUACUCACGCCUAUCGCGCCGCACUGGGCCGAGCAAAUCUGGCUCGAAGUCCUCAAGCACCCAUCGACGAUCCAAAACGCGCUCUGGCCUUCCGUCUCCGACCCCUCACCCUCUCUGAACGCCGCACGCGAGUACGUCCGCGCAACCUCUUCGAACAUCAACUCCGCGGAAGGCCAGCAGCAGAAGAAGAUCGCCAAGGGCAAGAACGUGUCGUACGACCCGAAGAAGGAGAAGAAGCUGACCAUCUUCAUGGCGAGGAAGUAUCCGGCGUGGCAGGAUAAGUAUAUUGAUCUUGUGCGCGAGGCGUUCGACGGGUUGAGCGUGGAUGUCAAGGCACUGACGCCGAGGAUCGAGAAGAAGGAGAUGAAGAAGGCGAUGCCGUUUGUGCAGAAUUUGAAGAGGAGACUUGAGGGUGGCGAGGGGGCGGGCACGGUGUUUGAGCGCAAGCUGGCGUUUGAUGAAGUUGAGGUCUUGAGGUGUAUGGUGCCGAUACUUAAGCAGAAUCUGGGUAGGCAGUGUAGGAUUGUGGAGAUCAUCAGUGUGGAGGAAGGCGGGGAGAGUGGAGUUGUGGCGGGUGCGGCGGUGCCGGGAAGUCCGUCUUUCAGCUUUGAGAACUUGUAA